CACAGUCCCUUUCGCCCCUCCGUUAAGGAAGUCGGUGUCAGCUGAUGUGUGUGUAAGUUCAGGCCAGUUGUUAAAGUCCAGAUUUCAGUAACAGUUUUGGGCGUGUAAACCUUUUAUUUUUCUCGCCACGACUAUGUUACGGCCAAAAGCGCUAACCCAAGUUCUCAGUCAGGCAAACACGAGUGGAGUACAAAGCACGCUAUUACUGAAUAAUGAAGGGUCACUCUUGGCUUACUCCGGCUAUGGGGACACGGACGCACGAGUAACUGCAGCAAUCGCCAGCAACAUCUGGGCAGCCUAUGACAAAAAUGGGCAUCAAGCCUUCAAUGAGGACAAACUGAAGUUUAUUCUCAUGGACUGCAUGGAGGGCAGAGUGGCCAUUACCCGCGUCGCAAACUUAUUACUGUGCAUGUACGCCAAGGAGACUGUGGGCUUCGGGAUGCUGAAAGCAAAGGCUGAGGCUCUGGUGGAGUACCUUCAGGAACCAUUAACUCAAGUGGCAGCGUCAUAGGAGGCUGAAUCUGAAAUGGUCGUUUCUCCGGGGAUUUACUCAUGCGUCCUUGUUUUUGUGAAAGUCUCUUUCUGGCUUUAUUUAUUUAUGUUUUUCGUGCUUAUGUUCAUAACACAAUAAGAUGUGCUGGCAGUGCGGUUAUGUGAUCUUUAUGUAAGCCUGAAUGUGAGUUCUCAUAUACCCGAAACCUGUUAACAG